AUGGCCAACGCAUCCUCCUCAUCAACUUCACAUGGGUCCGAAGUGCAGCAUCAUUCGGCGUAUGCGCUCUCCAAUUCUGCUCAAGAGGUUGCUGCAAUGUCACAUCGAGACGCGGCAGAGCUAGACGACUCGGGCGAGGCUCAGGAGUACGAGGAAGGAGCAGAGGAGUUGUACGACGACCUGGAAGGGUUACCCGCAGAUUUCGACCCCGAAGAUCCCAAUCAUCCUGCAUUACCGCCACUGGCCACUCUUCCCAUCGCGAACAUCAGCAGACUGAUGAAGCUCAGCAUACCGGCAUCCAGCAAGAUAGCGAGAGAUGCCAAAGACUGCGUGCAGGAUUGCGUCUGCGAGUUCAUCGCCUUUCUGACCUCGGAAGCUGCGGACAGGUGUCUGGAUGAGAAGAGAAAGACCAUCAAUGGGGACGAUGUGCUCUAUGCUAUGCGCACGCUAGGCUUUGACGACUACGAGGCUGUUUGUAAUGUUUGGCUGAGCAGAUACAGGAUGGUGAGUCCAGCGAGCUCGCAGAAAAUGUUGUCACACGUUGGUGUGCCGCAAGGCUGGGAGCAGAUGUAUGCAUCAACAACCCAUUUCCAUACAAGCAGAUGCCAAUUUUCCGCGCAUUGUAGUAGCAGGUAGCUGACGGUGGUCGCCGCACGCGCUCUCACUCUUCUUAGGCACAAGAAGCAACUCCUCGUAAGCGGUCAAGAAGGGGCGCCGCGCGUGGCACCACAGAUGCAGACGAGGGUCUGGAAGACGAUGAGGAUCAAGAUGGAGACGAUGGCGAUGGCGAUGACGAAUGA